CCAAUCUUGAUUGAUAAAUCUUAAAUGCUCGAUAUAAAUUUUAUAUUUAUAAUUACUUUUAAUGUGUUUCAAAGGUUUCACUGAAAAUAAAAAGGCAUGGUUACCAGUAAAUCCAAAUUAUUAUAAUGUAAACGUCGAAUCGCAGAAAAAAAUACCAACUAGCAACUACAAUUUUUACAAAAAAAUGUCUCAGCUUCGGAAAACCGAUACAUUGAAAAACGGCGAUCUUCAAACAUAUAAUAUUACUAAAUCCAUAUAUAUUUUAAAGAGAUCAUUAUUGGAACGCGAAUCGUACGUUGUCGUAAUGAAUUUCGGCAGUGAAACUGAAACCGUUGUAUUGUCCAAUGUCAUGAAGAACCUCAAAGACGAACUUUACGUAUACUUAGGAAGUGAAAAUUCUGCAUAUGAUACCGGAAGUAUUGUAUCAACCGUUUCUUCAACUGGUAAUUCACUAACACUGCGACCACAAUCUGUAGUCGUAUUAACAGAUAAAUAUAUUGCACCUGAAACACCAACAAUUGGUACUCAAAAUGCGGCCACACAAAUGGGUUCCACAUCAAUUAGUCUACUCAGUAUUCUUAUACUAUUAAGAUAUUUCUUAUGAAUUCAUCUCUCAUAAUUGUAUAGUAAAUU